AUGAAAGUGAAAAAGCCCCGAGGCAUUCGGCACGAUCGAGACUGUGGUCGAUGCAAAGCCCGAGGGCUCAAAUGUGACUUGAACCGGCCCCGAUGUCAAGCCUGUGUCCAGGGUGGAGAAGCAUGCAACUAUCCACAGCGAGUUGUAUGGGUAGAUGAUAAGAAGAAGCCGAAAUCGCCCAAAAGCACCUCACCACAGACUCCCAAUGACCAAUCGCCAAAUGUCGAAGUUUACAAGUCAGCAUCUAUCAAUCUAUACGGCUUCGUCGACCUCCUGGACACUUUCUGCCAACAAAUACAAUCCAGCAGUCGUGACAUUCCAGAAGAAGGAAUCCAACUGAUUUCACGCACGCUAAACUUCGCCCGCUCGCGUAUCCAAGAUGCAAACAACAAAGAAUCCCUCCAGUCGCAUCUAGUGGCCUUGACAAACCUGAACCAAGUUGUCCAGUCCGCACACCCAAUUGCGCUUUUCGGCAUCGCCACUUUCGCCAUGUUUGAAGUGUGCUGCGGAUCUUUUGGCAACUGGCAUUGCCAUCUCCAAGGGGCGCGCUCGCUGCUAGAUCUCCACUGCCAACAUAAGGCUGAUCUCGAUAAUCUCUGCGGCGAGAUCUCCGCUCUAGCAGAUAUCCUAGCCUAUCUGGUGUGGUUUGAUGUUACAGGCGCCCUUGUCAGGGAAAGUCCAUUAAUUUUCGAGGAUUGGCAUCGCGAGACCUUAACUAUUGGAUUUUUCGACUCAGUCGGAUGUCCAGCAGAUACGUUCGAUUUAUUUGUUUAUCUUGCAAAACACCGCAAUGGCAAUGGAACCUGCGCUAUGGACCUCUGUGCUCGAGCAAUAGCCCAAACUCUACAGCUCAACUCGGGCGACUUGACGGACCGCAAUCUUGCUGCGACCGUGUAUAGAGGCGCCGCCGCAAUCAUGGCAUUCGGUCGCGCAGGAAUGGCCACGGGCGGCGAUUCAUCUGCAUCGACAUAUCAGUCAAAUGUAGUGUCUUCCAUGGUGGAUCGAGCUUGCCAGGCUAUCGCGGAGAUCCCUUCUACAUCGAGGUUCUACGUGCACCUAGCUACCCCCGCAUACCUGAUAGGGAUGAGUGCCUCGAUAACACGGCAGUGCGAGAUAAUACGAGGCUACUGGCGUAACUGCCAGUCAUGUGAAUUCCCUCGUUAUCCGGACGCAGAGGCGCAGUGCGAGAGGAGGUGGAGGAUAUGCGGUGUGGGGUUUAGUCUCGGUUAG